AAAACUAUAGACGCAAUUAUCUUUAUUAUUAUUAUUCUGAUAUUAUUAUCAUUAUAUGGACUUUGAUCCUUUAUAAAUAAAUAUUUAAGUUCUUGAGGGUUUAAAUAAUCAAGUUUAAUUAUUUACUAGAACAUUCAACUUGUGGUUCAAACUUUUACAUAAAAUAAAUUAGAACAAUUGGACUUUUCAUUUACUCAACAGUUCAAUCCUCCCAAAAUGUUGAUAAAGGUAUUCAGUAAUAUCACAAAGCAGGCGUUGGCGAGAAAUUUUUCAGUGUCUUCUCGCCUGUCCAGUGGCUAUUCCUUCGAGUUAUCAGAAACCUCUCAAGAAAUAAAAGAUACUGCUGAUAAGUUUGCGAGAGAAGAGAUAAUUCCAGUAGCUGCUCAAUACGACAAGUCCGGAGAAUACCCGUGGCCUGUUGUCAAAAAAGCAUGGGAAACUGGGUUGUUGAAUACACACGCUCCAAAAGACAUUGGAGGGCUGGAGUUGGGUGCGUUUGAUGGAUGCUUGAUUGCUGAGUCACUUUCUUAUGGUUGUUCUGGGAUGAUGACAGCUGUUGAAAGCUCUGGUCUCGCACAAUGGCCGAUUAUUCUUGGAGGGUCAAAAACCCAACAGAAAAAGUAUAUUGGAAGACUGAUUGAAGAACCAUUAGUUGCUGCAUACUGUGUAACUGAACCUGGAGCAGGAUCAGACGUAGCAGGUAUUAAAACAAAAGCCGUAAAAAAAGGGAACGAGUGGAUAUUAAAUGGUACAAAAAUGUGGAUCACCAAUGGCGGUGUCGCUAAUUGGUACUUUGUGCUUGCAAGAACAAAUCCCGACCCAAAAGCGCCUGCGGGUAAAGCAUUCACAGGUUUUAUAGUCGAACGUGACUGGCCCGGAGUGUCUCCAGGACGUAAAGAAUGGAACAUGGGACAGAGAGCGUCAAAUACGACCAUGGUAACUUUCGAGGACGUUCGCAUCCCGGAAGAAAAUGUGUUGACUGGAGAAGGAGCAGGAUUUAAAAUCGCAAUGGAAACUUUUGACGCUACGCGUCCUAUGGUAGCUUGCGGAGCAGUUGGUCUAGCCCAGCGGGCUCUGGAUGAAGCUUUAAAGUACUCGUUGGAGCGACACACUUUUGGCAAACCCAUCGCUGAACAUCAGGCAGUCGCGUUUUUGAUCGCGGACAUGGAAAUAGCGGUUGAAACCGCGCGUCUCGCGUGGAUGAAAGCUGCUUGGGCUGCCGACAAGAAACUUCCCACUGCUACGAAACUUGCCAGUAUUGCGAAGUGCUACGCUGCUGACAUUGCGAACCGCGUGGCUUCUGACGCUGUCCAGGUCUUUGGAGGCGCUGGAUUUAACAGCGAUUACCCCGUGGAAAAAUUGAUGCGCGACGCUAAGAUUUACCAGAUUUAUGAAGGAACUUCGCAGAUCCAGCGGUUGAUUAUUUCACGUCAUAUCUUCAAGGAAGCUAAGGCUAAAGCUAUGUAAUUGUUAUCAGGGCUCCAUGAAAAUUAAUUUUUUUUAUAGUUAAUUUUUUAUUUGAGAUUUUUAAUUAACGCGUUAGAAAAUUUGAUAGUUUAACUUUUGCAUUUU